AACUUUAACCGGUCCAUCCCUAAACCCUCCAUCAUCUCGCUCGACCUCCCUCGCCUGAAAGUUUCCGCCUUUCAAUCCUAACUUUAAAGUUCCAACCUUUAUUCGUAUAAAGCUCUAAAACCCUUCUCAAACACUUGUUUCAUUGUCUAAUUGAAGGAAAUGAAGUAUGUGAAGCCACUGAGGUUACUGGGUGAUGCGUUGAAGACAAAAUCGUCAGUACCUGGUCGGUUUCUCGGUUUAGAUGUUGGUGAUAAGUAUGUUGGCUUAGCUGUUUCAGACCCUUCUAACAUGAUUGCGUCUCCACUUAGUGUUUUGCUAAGGAAGAAAACAAACAUUGACUUGAUGGCUACAGAUUUUCAGAAUCUGGUCAAAUCAUUUUCUGUGUCAGGCUUAGUAGUUGGUUAUCCUUUUGGUAAACUGAACAAUGUUGAAGACGUUGUCACUGUGAAUCUUUUCAUUGAGGAGCUUCGUAAAACCGAAAAACUCAAGGAUGUGAAGUACACUUAUUGGGACGAGCGCUUAUCAUCAAAGACCGUUGAACUGAUGUUGAAGCCUUUGAAACUGCAUCCAGUUCAAGAGAAGACAAUGUUGGACAAGUUUGCCGCGGUAGUUAUACUUCAGGAGUAUUUAGAUUACUCAAACAGGUAUGUAAAAACUGAGCCAGAAGAGUAAAAAAGAGAGACGGGUACCGACAAGUUUAGAUUGGAUGCAGUUUUGGACAGAUGAGUAUGAGUUUUUAUGAAAUCUAUGUGAACAAAGACAUCUUGCUUCAAACACAGUAAUAUCUCUUACGAGCUUUGUUUUUGGGCAGUAAUUAGUAUAUCUUUGUACUUUUAAGUGUCUUAUUGAGUUUCGUUUAGGGGACAAAUUUAAUGAAAUAUAUGGGAUUAUGAUGUC